GAAAUACUGCCAAUAUUUUAUUGGCAUAUUUUAUUCCAUAAAUAUUUUAUUGGAAGAUAAUACGAGUAGAACAAAUAUAUACAUUUUUUUAUGUCAACAUUUUCAUGUGGUUUGGUCUUUACUCAAAACCUAUCUAUGGAAAGAAGUCAUAGAUAGAUAGCUAGAUAAAAGCUAGGCGUCCUGCACUGUCCCGGCCGGAUUUGCGAGCUAUCGAUAACAGGGAUGAGCUUGCGUUGUUGUUUUUAGCUAGUGCGAAGUAAUUGGGUAUAGAAGUGAAUAUGGCCGCAAACUACGGCAUCUCGACGGCAGCUCUGCGUAGCCAGCUGAUGGGCCUGAUCAACUUCACUGGCACGCACAAGGACCAGGCGGACAAGUACCGCCAGCUGCUGAAGACUGUGCUGACGAACACCGGCCAAGAGCUGAUCGAUGGGCUCCGGCUCUUUGUGGAGGCCAUUGUAAACGAGCACGUCAGCCUGGUGAUCUCGCGGCAGAUCCUUAACGACGUGGGCAGCGAGCUGAGCAAGUUGCCUGACGAUCUGUCCAAGAUGCUUUCUCACUUCACCCUGGAAAAGGUCAAUCCGCGCGUCAUCUCGUUCGAAGAGCAAGUGGCUGGCAUACGUUUCCACCUGGCCAACAUCUAUGAGCGCAACCAGCAGUGGCGCGAUGCGGCCACAGUGCUAGUUGGCAUUCCUCUGGAGACGGGUCAGAAACAGUACUCCGUGGAGUGCAAGUUGGGCACCUACUUAAAGAUCGCUCGACUCUAUCUGGAGGACAACGAUUCGGUGCAGGCGGAGCUGUUCAUCAACCGGGCAUCAUUGCUGCAGGCCGAAACUAAUUCCGAGGAGUUGCAGGUUCUAUAUAAAGUCUGUUAUGCUCGUGUCCUGGAUUACAGGCGCAAGUUUAUCGAGGCCGCCCAGCGAUAUAACGAGCUCUCCUACCGCAAGAUCGUGGACCAAGGCGAGAGGAUGACGGCACUGAAGAAAGCGCUCAUCUGCACAGUCCUCGCCUCUGCCGGACAGCAGCGUUCCCGCAUGCUGGCCACUCUGUUCAAGGAUGAACGCUGUCAGCACUUGCCGGCCUAUGGAAUUUUGGAAAAGAUGUACUUGGAGCGCAUCAUUCGGCGCUCCGAGCUACAGGAGUUCGAGGCCCUGCUGCAGGACCACCAAAAGGCUGCCACCUCCGAUGGAUCCUCGAUCUUGGAUCGGGCUGUUUUCGAGCACAAUCUGUUGUCGGCUAGUAAGCUGUACAACAACAUAACUUUUGAGGAGCUAGGCGCUCUGCUGGACAUACCCGCGGUGAAAGCAGAGAAGAUUGCCUCUCAGAUGAUUACCGAAGGUCGCAUGAACGGACACAUCGACCAGAUCUCGGCCAUUGUGCACUUCGAGAAUCGGGAACUACUGCCUCAGUGGGAUAGGCAGAUCCAGUCGCUAUGCUAUCAGGUUAAUUCCAUUAUAGAGAAGAUAAGUGUCGCCGAGCCCGAUUGGAUGGAUAACCUGAACUGAAGCAGGCUCUCGCCAUCCCAUCUCCCCCCACUCAUCUUAAUUAAAAAACGGCAUAUAGGAACGCAGUGAAUCGGAGGAUAUAACCCCCGACUGCGAUAGAUUUCAUUUUAAAAUUAUAAAAAUAAAUGAAAUUAUGUACAUUAUCGAUCCUGUGGAACCAAAAGAAAAGAAAAACAGAACAAGACGAAAAACCCCUUUUGC